GGCGCUGAGUUGCUUCUAAAAAUAGCAACCAAUCACCGACAACAGAGUCGACUCUGGUGCGCGUUUGGUGUCGUCUAGACGUUUCGCCUGGGAGCUCCGGCGAGUACUUUUUAUAUUAUUUUUCUAUUUUUUUUAGGAAUCUAAGGUUUUUAGGCUUGUAGCUAUUAGAUAUAAUUUUCUUCCUUAAAAAUAAGUACAUCUGGCCCGCAUCAUGGCGGGACCAGGUAAUCCGUGGGGAAAUAACCCCCCACCCCAAACGACAGCUCGAGAGAGAAGAACUCCUGCAUGGUUAGAUCCUGAUAAAGGGGAAUUAUUGUUUUUGGUUCUCAGUGCCAACGAAGGAUUCAAUCUUCCGAAGAAUCCUUUUAUCAUAGAAAAAAGUCUAACAAGUUUUGCCGGAAACAUCGAACCAUGCAGCUACAUCGAAAAAGGGACAAAGCUAUUAGUAAAAACAAGAAAUCAGAAACAAUUUGAGAAGCUGCAAUUACUGGACAAAUUGAUCGACGAUACGAAGAUUACCAUCGCUCCACACCCGUAUCUGAACAGCGUUCAGUGCGUGAUUGUCUGUGAUCAACUUGAAGGUCUAAGCGACGAAGAAAUUUUAAAUGAACUCAAAGUUCAGAAAGUGGUUAACGUACGGCGCUUUACACGAAAAGUCAAUGGUGAAGUGAAACCAACCAAUGCCUUUUUACUAAAAAUUGAAAGCUUGAAAGUACCUACCGAAAUACGGGUUGGAUGUCUGAACAUCAAGACACGUCCAUUCUACCCGCGUCCACUCCUAUGUUACAACUGCUUUGUACUUGGACACUCGAAAAACAGAUGCAAAGCUACAACAAGCUGCCUCAAUUGCGGAGGUAGUGAGCAUGGCAAUUGUUCUAUGGAAGCCAAAUGUAAGAACUGCAACGGUAACCACAAUUCCUUGCAUCGACAAUGUCCAGCAUUCUUAAAAGAGCAGGACAUAAUCAGAAUCAAAAUCGACAAUGGUAUAACGUACAAAGAAGCUGCCACCGAAUACAGCAACAAAACAUCGGUUAACACACGACUAGUAGCUCUUCAAACAGAAAGCGAAAAGGACGCGAUUAUCGCUCAACUGCAAAAAACAAUCGCUAGCAUGGAAAAGAAAAUCGAAGUAUUAACCAACGCAACACAAGCACUGGUACAACAACGAAACCUUCUACACAACACGCUAAAGGUGCAAACCAAGGAAAUGGAAGACAGCUCGACCGUUCACAGCGAUUCCACACCAAUUUCAUCAGACGACGACGAAUCAGGAAAAUCAGACGACUCAAUGAAAAGUACCAACACAACAGAUACAAUUACGAAAACACCGAUUAAGCGUAAAGCUCAAUUAUCAUCAUCAUCACACGACGAAGAAAAGGAAAACGAUAACAAAAACACACCUCGCAACGAACCAAAAUCCUGCAACAUUUCGGCAACAAAACAGAAGAAAAAGACGAAAAACGAAACACAACAUAGCACCGGAACUCUCGGAUUACUCACAACAAUUCCCUAUGUAUAACACUGCUUUAGUAUUCCAUCC